AUGGCAUUCCUGGCCUCCAUCUUUUGCUGCAUUUCAAAUGCCCACAGUCAAAAAGGCCCGAAGCCUUCCUCAACGCAGCAUCAGUCUCCCCACAUUCCUGGUAUGAUGGCCGAUCCCAUUACUGGUAACGUUGGCAACGUGGUGGAUGAUCCAUAUGGCCCCUGCGCACCACUCCCCGCAUACACGCCUCGUGCCUUUGAUGUCAACGAUGAAAAACCCCCUGCCUUUGAGGACCUUAGCUUUCCGACGCAUCUGCGACUCUCAGAGUACCCAGUGGACGAGAAGACACCACUUGAUUUUCAAGUCAAUCAAGCACGGACGAAGGUGAGCGACGACCACUCGUCUGAUGCCUCGUCAGCGUUCUCCGUGCCCAGCAGCCUUGGGAACACGUCCACAGCAACCAGUGAGACGCCACCACCACCCUACUCCAUUCAAUCGUCGCGAGCAGCCUCGCGUAGGUCCAUGUCCAUCUGCACAAGUGCCACCGGGAUGACGCAAGCCAACGAUGUAUUAUUGUCACCAGUUACACAGCCGCAGCCCGUGCUACACCGACCUGAUGGCUCGGCGGCCCCACCUCAGCCCAUCCCGCAACAGUGGAGCUGGCAGCCCACGGCAGAUUGCCCAUUCCCUCCAACAGCAUAUUCGAGGCCAUGA